AUGUCCACGAGAGAUUUCACCAUCAAGACCAACGUCCUCAAGAGAGUGACAAAGGAGGUAGUCUUUUACACAAAGGAGAAGGAGCAUCAGGAAGGUCGUAUCGCUGUCAUGGUCGCCAAGGACCCCGAAGACUACGAGAUCAAGAAGCAGCGUGAGGUGCUGGAGGAGACGUUGGAUAUGUUUCCCGAUGUCGAGAGAAGGAGGAAGGCUGCCCGCCAAGAUCUCGCCAACGUAGUCACAAAUGCUAGCCCAGAUGUCAAGGGAACUAAGGAGUACGAGGAGGCUGUCCAGGCACUUGAGGCUUCGGAAUAA